AUGACAGCUGCAGAGUGGCAGUUGGCCCAGCCGGCGUGGAGCGGCAGGCUGCGGAUCACGGCCAAGGGCAAGAUCGCGUUCAUUAAGCUGGAAGACAAGACUUCGGGAGAACUUUUUGCCCAGGCGCCGGUGGAGCAGUUCCCUGGCAUCGCUGUGGAGAGUGUGACGGACUCCAGCAGAUACUUUGUCAUCCGGAUUGAAGAUGGGAAUGGCCGCCGAGCUUUCAUCGGAGUCGGCUUUGUCGACCGAGGGGAUGCUUUUGACUUCAACGUGGCUCUCCAAGACCAUUUUAAGUGGGUGAGGCAGCAGAGCGAGCUGGCCAAACAGGCCGAGAACCCCGAGCAGGGACCCAAACUGGAUCUGGGCUUCAAGGAAGGGCAAACCAUCAAACUCAACAUUGCGAAUAUGAAGAAAAAGGAAGGAGCAAUGGGGAAUACCAGACCACGUCCUGCGGGUCCUGGGGGUCUGAGCUUGCUCCCACCACCUCCCGGAGGAAAAUCUUCCGCUCCGGUUUGUCCUUCCGGAGAGCGGCCGCCUUCGCUCUCCACGCCUGCCCAGCUCCCGGGCACCCCCAUCACAGACUCCCUCUGCUCCUGGCCGCAGCCCGCUGCUGCUCCUUCUGCCACCGCUGCCGACGUCUGGGGAGACCUUUCCCCCAAAGCUUCGGGGUCAGCUUCUAAUCAGACUCCGGCGAACGCCGGCUGGGUUCAGUUCUGA